CUUCGACGGAAGGAAACUGGACAUGCAGGCAGAAUGUCAGGAAGAUGGAGGCUCAGUAAGAGACCCAGGGCUGAGGCCGACGCUCACGCUCGCGUUCCUCCACUACUCCCUCUUAGCACGUCUCGCAAAGGUCUCUCAAAUGCUGUUUCCUGCUGGUAUUGUGAUUGUAAGAUCACCUCGUUCAACGAACCUAUUUUCCAUUUUGGACGAAGACAUGCCAGGGUUCUGAGAGCGUGGUUUUCGAUCGGGAUUGGUUUUUCUCUUGCUGCUCUUGCUGUUGUUACUACGGUUCUCUUUCUGGAACUUGCCAUAGCCAUGCAUAUUUUUGGCAAUAGCGAUGUGCCUCAUAGUCUUCCUAUUUCCUAUUCCUCAUUAUUUGGUCUUCCUCCGUUGAUUUCCAGCUGUAAUUUUUCCCCUGCUGAUGCUGGAUACAUAAUUAUCUCUUCCUUAAUAUCUGUAGCUUUUCAUGAAUUUGGUCAUGCUGCUGCUGUUGCAAGUGAGGGCAUAAAAUUGGAGUAUGUUGCAGUUUUUAUUGCACUCCUUUUCCCAGGUGCCUUGGUGGCUUUCAAUCAUGAUGUACUGCAGGAUUCAUCAUGCUUCAAUGCUCUGCGUAUCUACUGUGCUGGUAUUUGGCACAAUGCAGUUCUUUCUGCAGCUUCUGGAUUGAUGUUAUUCUGCCUGCCGCUGAUUCUGUUUCCUCUUUACAUACAUGGCGAAAGUCCCAUGGUUUUGGACGUUCCUUCUACUUCACCAUUGUCUGGUUAUUUGUCCCAUGGCCAUCUGAUUUUGUCAUUGGAUGGCAUGCACAUUCAAAAUGUGGAUGAUUGGGUCAAUCUAUCAGCUCAAAUAAGUGAAUCAACAUUUCAAAAUGGAACCCUCUCCAGACUUGGUGAAAAUGACCGAAUGGCCAAUGGCAGAAAGGGAUACUGCGUUCCAAAUUUUAUGUUGAAAGAAAGCAAUAAAGUUCAGUUCUCACAUGAUCAGUCAACUUGUUUUGGCGACCUUACUUCUUUUACAUCUAUUCCUUGUGUUAGUUCUACCGUUUUAGUUGAUGGUGAUGUGGAUGAUAGCCAUUAUAACCGCAAAGAAGGCAUAUUUUGCUUGAAUGUCAAUGAUAUUAUUAAGCUUAAUAAAUGCAUUAGUGGAUGGGAUAAAGCCAUAAUCAAUGAUAGCACUAGCACCUGUAUGUGUUCACAGGAUGAAACUUGCUUAAGUCCAGUCCAAAUGCCUGGUUCGGUAUGGGUCGAGAUUACAUAUUUGAACCCCCAUUCUUCAGACUGUUUCUAUUCCAGAGAAAAUCCACUCCCAAGUUCGAAUUGUAGUGGAACUUUCAUUUUUGUUGGUGACGUGGUUUCAAUGGCGCACUCUAUUCAGCUGACAAUGUACCGGCCAAGAUUGGAUUUUCAUUAUGCUAGAUAUCUUCCAGAUGUACUGGAAAGAAUCUUCUUGUGCUUAUUUCACGCCUCUCUUGCACUUGCUCUUCUCAACAGUUUGCCGGUAUAUUAUUUGGAUGGUGAAUCUAUUUUGGAGAUAAUUAUUUUCCAGCUCACCUCAAUGAGCCCGAGAAACAAGGAAAAAGUUCUUCGAGCUUUUCUGAUGGGAGGAACACUCAUGUCGAUCUUUUUACUGCUGAGGAUUUUCUUCCAUGUGUUCGUCAGCUGACGGACUUGCUCCUAUCCAAGUGGGAAUAAGAUGGAGAACACAAUGGAAAUAAGCUGCUGUAGUAGCAAAAUGAAAAUCCUGGAAGGAGUUAACCAACUGCUGAGAAACAAGAGGUGACAGGGCGAAUGCUUACAGGACUGACAGGAAAUGUGAAUAAGAAUUAGUAGGUAGGGUAGGGUAGGGUAGGGUAGGGUAGGGUAGGUAAAGAGAUUGGAGGAGAGGUCGGAGUAUCCAAACAGAAGUGGCAAAAGGGUGGAGGGUUUUUCCUCAUUUUUCUGUUGAGGAGGAUCUCUUUACUAUCGUUCUGGCUUUGUUUGUUGAAGAAGGAUCACUGGAGUUCCAUUGGGGACAUUGGUGCUAUUCCACUAAUCUCUAAUCUUCAUUUGUUCAUCAACUCUUAAUGAACAGAGGUUCGCCUUGAGUUUGGCAAGCAUCCAGUUUGGUUCAAAGUCAUUCCAUGCUUGUUUUUUAAGCUGCCAUCUGAAUGAUAUUCUUAUUUCUUCCUGCAUCUAAAUAUUUUCAUAACCAAUAUGAAAGUGUCUUGGUU